UGGUUACACUGCGACAAACAAAUAAGUUAAUUAAUUCUUUAGCAGCUGCUUAAAUUAUUCAAAUGCAUCCACCGGAAGCAACAACAACCAUGAUGUACGAUGUAAGCAGGUUCCAGACCCUCUUCGUUGUCGAAGAUGCCAACAAAAAGGCGGAGGAUGAGGAUGAGGAUGGACUUGACCAAGAGGAGGAGAUGGAAGACCUGAUCUGUCAUGUGUCGCAGGAGAUGUACGAUGAGGAAUUGGCUUUGGAGCGGGAGGAACAGGAGUUUGAAGAGCGAAAUCUGGGGAAUCUAGAGUGGCCAAAGGCCCUUCAAUCCUUUGCCUGCCUUAGAUGCCCAGAAAGCUUCUCCAGCCGUAAGGAACUCGCCGCCCAUCGACGACAACUACAUCAUGGUCAGACUUCGGCGAGAAAACCUCCCACCGUACUUACCUGCGAGAUUUGCGGCAAGCUCUUCCAUAGAAACAAUGCCCUGAUGAAUCACAUGAAUUCCCACACGGAUCAAAGGAACUAUCCGUGUCCCCAGUGCCCGGCUCGCUUUGUCCAGAGCUGCAAUCGGGAUCGCCAUGUCCGGGACACACAUCUCAAGGAGUAUCUGUAUCCAUGCACCGAGGUGGGUUGCCAUCGACGCUAUCAGCAGCGUCGGGAACGGGAUCAGCAUGUGAAGACGGUGCACCGGCAGGAGAGGGAUUUGGUGUGCAGCCAGUGUCAGGCCACAUUCAGUCAUCCGGUGAACUACAAGAAGCAUCUGGCCUCGCAUAACUCAGUCAAGUCGUUUAGUUGUCACAUUUGCAAGAAGCUCUUUGGACGCCAGGAGAACCGGGAUGUCCAUCUAUUCGUCCACAGCCUGUGCAAGGCCUAUGUCUGCUGUGUCUGUGGGGCAGACUAUAUGCGUCGCCAGCAGUUGAUUCGUCACAGUGCAGCCAGUGGUCAUGUGAAUGAGAAGAUAGUGCGACAGAAACCACAAUUUAGUGCGGCUUUUUCACAAAAAUCCAAAGGGAAAGAGGUUCAAACAGAGGGAGAGAAGGUGGAUCUAUUGGGAAAUGGGAGUUUUCCCGGUGAAGAAGACUUAAAGGAGUUGAAGGAGGAGGAGGAGGAGCUCCUGGAAGAGUUUAUUUGAUACAAAUUUAAGAUAAUAUAAAGAGAAUGAAGACUAGUUCUGUGAUUUUAAAAUGAAAACGAUUAAGAUAAGGAUUCUGAAAUGAAAAAAAGCUCU